CAGGAAUGUGUUUUAUUCGGCAAUAGUCAUAUUUCAAAAAUUUCAACUUUCUACUAUGCUUAUAUAGAUUUCAAUAUGUAUAUUCGUUUGUUGAUAAGCGUUUGUAGGUAGACUUGGGUGCAGGACCUAUAUUCCAUAUCUGCUCCUAUCAACAUAGAAAUGGGUUGUUUUCUAAUAACGUGGGAAGCAAUAGCAAACCUCGAAGCAAAGUUCUGUUCUGCAAGAGUUUCUAAUAAAAAUCAAUUACGGUUCAAAACUUUGAGGGUCCACCAUUUUAAGGAUGUCACCAAAACAUACACAAAAACUGGUCGAAGAGCUUUGGUCAAUCGUCAAGCGAUGUGUAAGGUACAGUUAUACAAGAGUCGGUCAUUGUAAUAAUGGUGUUAUAAUAUGCAAAAUAAAAAUAUUUUCGUAGUGAGCUCACAAUUUAUCAUGUCUUUCGAUGCUGGUACCACUACAGCAUCAUAGAUGUCGCUACUAGUUUAUUCAAGGAACAAAUAUGUACCGUUACUCACUAUAAAAGUGAAGUAAGUCCCGAGUCACUCAAAACUUAAUUACGAGGAGUUAGUUCACUAUUUCAAUGAUAAUCAAUAAUCAACGCAUAUAUCUUAAGGGAUCUCCAACUUAUAGAGCUUUCAAUUUGAAACUGAAAUUGGCAGUUCCACUUUGAAUGUUAAAAAGUUAGUACUCACAUUUGGUGAGGUCUUCAGCAUCAUUCAGGAUAUUUUAAAAAGGUUGUUAAUAUAACAAGGCAAUGACCAUCAUUACAAUAUCGUGCAGCAUAAUUUAUUUGAAGUAAACACUUUCCUUGUUUGUUUGAGAAAUAUCUUACUACUUUUUAAAAACGUGGCAACAUAAAAGAAAAUAUGACAGCCACUUCGUUUUGACAACCAACGACGUCGACGCAACUGCGAUUCUGUCAGCGUCGAGCUUCGGGUGUGUGCGUGUGCAAAAUAUUAAAGUUGGUUGAAAAUUUUUGUUUUCUUUAGCUUUUGGAUAAUAAAACCGAUUCCAAACAACUAAAAAUGUACUUUCAACUAAAGAACGGUUCGAAAUCGUGCAAUGAAAAAUGUAAGUCAUCUGCAUCUGAAAAACAGUGUAGACAAUAAAAAAAACCAAUUUUAUUUAUGUUUUUAUUCAAGAGUGAAAGGUGCAUCAAGUCACUUCAUGAGUGUGCAUUACGAUAAGUAUUAGUGCAAACAAUUUCAAAUGUAGUAAAAGUCCAAAAAAAUACUAAUAUAAUCAAAAUCAGCCUAAAAGCGCAAAGGAAGCGACUCUUUAAGAUUAUUUGUAAACGGCAGCAAAACCACUUUGGCCACAAUGAAGUCGAGGGAAAGUACUGGAGAUGCAGCGUUUUACUACGCUGUUUUGCUAACAGUGAAUGUAACAUUGACGGCAAUGGUGCUAAUGGCGGCGUGUCUGUGGUGCAAGCGACAACCUACAAAAGAUGAACUGGGAGGAUUAGAAGGAAUGGUCAAAAUGACUAACCCAGAUGACAUAAUCGAAGUUAAGGUGUUAGCUAGUAGUGAAUCGCAAACGGACUUAAAUACUUCCGCUGUUUCAACCACUGAUUCAGAAAAACGAGCAAGUACUGCAGCUCAUCGAAGUCUUCCGGACAUACCAAUUGUAGAAGGUAAUGGCGAUAACGGAUCCGAACUCUAUGAGACUGUGGCGGAUAAGACCCAUUUGGUUGAGGAAAACGACCAAAAUCAUAGUCCUGCACCGAGUUUGAAGAAAAAAAUAAGCGUAUCUCAGCACAGUUCCAUAAGCCAAGCAGAUGACAUUAGUUCACCCUAUUCAAGGGUUAGGAAUCCACCCCAUGACUAUGCUAAAGUUCGCAAUGCGGAACACCCCUAUGCCCAAGUAAACCCUCCGUCAACUUCCGCCGCAGCCGCUGCAGCUGCCAUAGUAGCUGCUGGUAACAGUAAUAGUAACGCCAUUCACAGUAGUCAGCCUCCUCAGCUAAAUGGCACAGUUUCGCGUAACUCAAACCACAGCAGUGCUUCACAAAAUCUUAACGAUUCAAUAUCGCACGCUGAAAUUCCAGCUGCAUCGGCUAUCGCAGGCAUGAUCUCAGCGAGUCAAGAUCUUCCUUAUAUGACACCACCUAUAAUAGGUCAACACUUUAGUGGCGAUUCCCAAGAUUCUUCAAAAGGUUACACUAGUAUCAGCGUUCGAGAGCCUCUAGCUAAUAUUCUAGCUCAGCAACCUCCGAAGCAAUCGCAGCGAGUUGCAGCGUUGACCCGUGAAACAAAUGAUUCGCACUAUGCGACUGUGUCUGACGAUUCAGAUGAAACUUAUGCUGCAAUCGAAGAUCCGAAUAUUCGCAGCAAUCCAAAUGUCCUGACUGACAUUUACACCAGCGGCUCGGAGACAUAUGCACAAAUCCAGCCCAUGCAAACUAACUCUAUGGUGGUAUCGGUGGAAAUCAAUAACAUUAGCAGUAACACAAAUCCGAAUUCUAAUAAAGCUCUUUCUAACAAAGCACAAUCAACAGACAAUACAGCGAUUGUAGCGUCUGCAUCAAACCACCAUAAUCAACAAACCACAUUUGGUAGUCAGAGUCAUUCUAGGCCAAUUUCUGAGCACGUUACCCCGAUACCACCACCUUUAGACAGCUUGCGCACACAAAAGCACUCCAGACAGGCGUCCUCGUCAUCAAACAACAGUUCUUCGAUCUGUACAUUAGGUUCACCAAAGCCAGAAAAACGCCAAGCCAACUCUCCAUUACCACCAACACCCAAAUCGAACAUUACCUCGGGUCGAAGUUCGGUUAUAUCUGUCAUUGAAUGUGGCGGCGGUACUGGAGAAUUAAAUUUAAGUGGAAUUUUAACAGCGGUGUCGAAUACAGCAAUCCCCGCUCCAACCACAUCAACUAAUGCAGUCGACAGCUCACCGCAAAAAAAUAAAACCAAAAGUCUAAGUCCGUCCAAAGACAUCGAAGGAAUGUACGCUAAGGUGAUGAAGAAAAACAAAUUGUCGCAACACUCAACUUCCUCUCAAAACAGCUCUCCUGUAAUGGCCCGCAAGGGCGGUGAUCAUCUCGGAAUUAGUCCACUAGACAUGGCUGCAGCAGAGCUAAUGGAAUUGAAUCGUGCUAAUGUAUUUUCGAUUCAAAAUGCCUCCGGCGAUAAAAGUCGCAUCCGCAGCAACAGUUAUGGUGCCAAGGAUCAUGGUUAUGAAACAAUACCUGCGGAUGGAUUACACCGAUCAUCAGCUUUAGAAAAUCGAAAAUCGGAUUGUUAUAGCAGUAUAUUGCAUAAAGAACAACCAAAAGAUAUGUUACAAAUUACCAAUCCGCCUUCAGCAAAAAUAAAACCACCGAUAGAGUCAGACAUAAGUAGUGACAAACAUUAUGAGACUAUUGCCGUGCCGCUUGAUACAACGAACAACAGCGACCCCGGCUAUGAAACCUUACAGAAGCCGGCUAAACUAAAUCAUUCCGAAAUAGAUAACGGAAAGAAAUUUUCUGACUAUGAUCCCAAUUACGAAGUGCUUGAAGGGCCGAAAUCUACUGGGCUCUCCGAUGAUGGCUAUGCUAAAAUUAAUGAAAGAAAGUCCUUGGCCGUCGACGAAGAUUCUACAGAUGGCUAUAGCAAAGUUAAAGGUGAAGAAAUCGAAGAAGGAGCCACAGGUGGUUAUAGUAUAAUUGCAACCGAUGCCAAUCACAACUAUGCCAGCAUCGCCGAAUCGAAAGCAGAAAUAAUUGGCGCCACCCCAGAUACCGAAGAAUCCGAUCACUAUGCUCGCAUUGCUGAAGCACCGCGAAUACCGCAAUCAGCCUCUGAACUGCCACUCAGUAAUAACCUGCAUUCGUCAACGGGAACACUUGCUCAAAGCGUGAGUGUUAUUUCUAGUGGCACACAUGAUACUCUAGCGAUCACCUCACCUUCAUCGACCAACUCAUCCUCAUUGCUAGCCAACAGCUCCACUUUGUCAUCCACCAACGUGCUAACCGGCAGCGGUAGUGGCAGCACAGCCAGCUCGAUGAGUUCACGACAGACUCCAUCAACAUCUUCGCAAUAUGAAUCGCUUACCGGCAGCGAAGCAGAUCCAAAUUACGAAACCGUCUGCUAUACAAAUACAGAAAAUGAAAACCCAUACGAGAGGCUACAGACCGAAUAUUCCGAUACACAACUGAGCAGCAGUAGUCCCUUAACGCCAGACGAGCUGCGUACACAAACACACAAUGCCACUGCAGGAAUAAUCGAUGUCGGCAGUGCAAGCGUCUCGUCGACAGCAACAACAACUGCAAACUCCGAUAGGACAGUGUUGUUAAAGUCAACAGCGAAUGGGCUUACGCCAAAAGCAGGACAUGAGAGACCAUCAGCAAAAGUGCAAAGUACCAGUGAACUGAAUUCCACAGAUGUAGUAGUCGAUGAUUACUUUCAAGUUUAGUAUUUUAAUUAGGGAUUAAUUGAGCUAAGAGCAAAAAUUUGGUAGUAACAAAUAAAUAUUAUUAUUAUUAUACUUUGUUACGAUUAUAUGGAAGUGCUUCCAUACUACACGAACGCACUAAGUUCUUCCAAGUAGAUGUGACAGCAAAGCUGAUGCCACUGCACUUUGCAUUUCAUACAUUUGUUUGUUGUUUUAGUGCGAGUAAAUGCGAGCAGUACAUAUCAUUGAGUAUGACGCCACUGUCUUUAAAUUUUGUAUACUCUUUUCAAAGAUGACGGGGAAGAACCCCCUUCUAGCAUUCAACAACAAAUAAAUCACACUUUGCGCAAUAUUUCCAAAUUAUAUUGAUAUAAACUCAGACGCUUCUAUGUGCGUUAAAUAUUUCGUAAAAUCAUGUCAAACAUCCGCUGGCGUAAUCUUGGGCUGAAACACAAGCUGACAAUAUGUACAUUUAAAAAAUAUAUUUUUAAUAUUUCCACUCUUGCACACGGCUACGGAAGCAUAUUAAGAUAUAAAUCAUUAACAUAUGGCUUUAUAUACAUAUGUGCAUAUGUAUGUUAUUAUGUUUUCAUAGACAAAUUAAAUAUUGUAAAAAUCAUUACGUGUCACAUUUAAUACAACGGUAUAUUUCUAUAUAUCUGUAGCAUAAAUAUAACAACAGCCAAAAUGUGAAAUAAAUUGCAACGGUAAUACGGUACGCCAAUCGCCGAGCGACAAGGCAAGAUGUUAUUAAGAUUAAGAUCUAAACAAACUAGUUUAGUACAAUUAUUGCAAAUAAUGCGACUUCAAUUGAAUGUUUUAAACAUUAGCAUUUAAUCAUUUGUGUAUUUAAGAAGCGGCUUACCAAUGUAAUACUUGAGUUUAUAGCACAAUUUAUUAUUCGUAUCAUUUUUAAGAAAUGUCUGUUCUUUUAUACUUUUGUAUUGUUUAUUGUUUUGUUUCCUUUAGUAUUUGUACAAAUUAAUAUAUUUAAUUUGUAUAGUUAAUAAAACGUGUUUAUACUUGGAAAAAAAA